AACCAAAACACAAACCAAACCAAACAUAAGAGAUCAAGCGAAAUUGCGAGGUUAGCUAGCGAGGCAGAGUCGUUUAUGCCGUCGCGUUCGCUCAGCCCAACGCUAGAUUUGCACGAAUUACGUCGAUUAGGGAAGAAUAAGGCGAUAACGAGCGAUAUUUCUGUCUACCAUCUUGAGAGAGCGGAUCGUUGAGAGAGGGUGCGUGCGGCGUCCAGCAGGCACUCGAAGCAGGCGGCCUGAGAGCGGAUCAAAAUGGCGUUCUUUGGACUCGGCCAGAGCGCCGACAUCGACAUCAUCCUGAGUGGGACAGAGAACCGCAAGAUGGCGGAGAUGAAGACGGAGGACGGCAAGAAGGAGAAGCAUCUGCUGUUCUAUGACGGUGAAUCAGUCUCAGGGAAGGUGAACGUGACCCUCAAGAAGCCCGGCUCCAAGCUGGAGCACCAGGGAAUCAAGAUUGAGUUCAUCGGACAGAUAGAGCUGUACUAUGACCGGGGCAACCACCACGAGUUUGCGUCGCUCGUCAAGGAACUGGCGCGUCCCGGAGAGCUGACCCAGAACGCCAGCUACAGCUUCGAGUUUGUCAAUGUGGAGAAGCCCUACGAGUCCUACACAGGCUCCAAUGUCAGGCUGAGGUACUUCCUGCGGGUGACCCUGGUGCGUCGGCUAACCGACCUGGUGAAGGAGAUGGAGAUGGUGGUGCACACGCUGUCCUCUUACCCCGAGAUCAACUCCUCCAUCAAAAUGGAGGUGGGCAUCGAGGACUGCCUCCACAUCGAGUUUGAGUACAACAAGUCCAAGUACCACCUAAAGGAUGUGAUCGUGGGCAAGAUCUACUUCCUGCUGGUGCGCAUCAAGAUCAAGCACAUGGAGAUUGCCAUCAUCAAGCGGGAAACCACGGGGUCGGGUCCCAACACCUUCAACGAGAACGAGACCAUCGCCAAGUACGAGAUUAUGGACGGCGCGCCGGUCAGGGUACAAAACGACGUAUGCUUCAUAAAGAAAAUCUACAUGCUUGGGAAAAAAUUAAGUUACCUUAUUUAA